GCCGUCCUCUUCAACGUCUUGGUCUUCCAGGCGUACGGGCAUUGUCUCUUUGACAACAAGCCGGUGCUGCAAAGCUGCGGAGGCCGUUGCCUGGGAGUUCCAGGCGCAGGCAAGGUCACUUGCGUGUCCAACUGCCUCGUCGGCAAGGGCGUGCGUCCUUCAUGCGCCUCUUGCCUGGGCACUGGCUUCAACUGCGGUGUCAACGCAUGCAUGAGCAAUUGCAUUUCGGGCUUCUCAAAGCCUAUCUGCACCUCGUGCAUCAGCUCCAACUGUGGUCUUUGCAGCAGGGCCCGCUCCUCAGAGGAGGCCAUAGACAACGCCUCCACCAUUGAAGCUCUUUUGGACCUCUUCACGGGCGCAAACAGCGCAGCGGCCAACUCAACGGAGUUGCUCAGCAUCCGAAUGUACACUGCUACUGAUAUGAUAGAUAUGUUGCAGGAGGAGGCCUCCACCCGUAGCGGAUGCUUUGAGGUCCAGGCCCUGAUGAAAACAUGUGGCACUCAGUGCUACUCCGCAGGAAAUCAGGCAAGUUGUGCCGCUGCAUGCCUCAGAGGUAAGGGAGUUUCUUCAGGAUGCGCCUCAUGCUUCGGAAGAAAGAUCAGCUGCACCAUCAAGAACUGCAUUUCCCAAUGCGCUGCAAAUGCGAAUGGCGCGGCAUGCAAGUCCUGCGUCUCCAGCAAAUGCGGCAGGUGCAAUUCCCUCAAGUCAAUGGAUGAGGCUGAGAGCAAGGACAAUUUUGUUGCUGCCCUAGUCGAGCUGGCAGCAAAGGAA